AUUUAUACAGAAGACAAACACGAGUUGAAUAAUUUAACAGUUGAUACUUCGACGGGAAUUUUAUUGGAAAAACCAACGCAGUCUACCCAUCCAAGUUUAAUUAUCUCGAGAUCGGAUUUAUUGUAUGCAGCAAAGAAAGCUGCAAAAAUAAAAAUAGCCAAGCAAAAAGACGUUGAUUGUAAUAAAUCGCAGAGAAAUAAUAAAAAUUACACUUCUGCUGUUUUUACUGCGCUAAGUGACGACGAAACUUCGUCCUCUGAUUCCAGCGACGACGAUAGUCAAAGCGAUAACGAAGAUAAUAGACAGUGUGAAGAGGAUGAUGUCACUGAGCAAGUUAAAAAUUUAUUGCAGUCCGCGACAGUAGAAAAUCUUAAUUUUCUAAAACGAUUAGUAGGAGUAAUGGAAAAAGCCUGCGACCAACGAGUCCCUGUAAAGCAAGAAAAGGAACCAAGCGUGCAAGAAAUAAUUAACCAAGAAAAAGAAAAUAUCCACUCAAGCCUUGGUUCGUUUUUACCACCGAUGACAAUAAACGCAAUAUCGCACCGCAAUCCAGAUUUAAGCGACUGGAAAAAGCUAACUACUGACAUCCUUGUUGAAAUUUACGGCAAGGAAUUAGCAUUUUUGUCUGCAAAAGGUCGCAGAGGUGCUCGGGGCAUCGAUCCAAAUGUCUAUCGCUCUGUUUAUGAUUUAAUUAACAUGCGAUUAGGCUGGAUUUUGCCCUCCAAGGAAUUUGUGAGGCAUGUUAAUAAAGUGUGCUCUAACCGCAAGAAGUACGCCAGAAAACCACCCGCGGGAACUUCAACUAGUCAAGAAGUUGUUAGUGAAGAAGACCCUAUUGCUACUUUGGAACAAGGUGACUUUGAUCACCACCACGAAAUUCAAUAUCCUGACAGUAAUUUUUGUACGAUUCAAAUUUCUGAAACUUACAGCCAAGCUCAAAUGUAA